CGCUCUGUCCUAAGGGCUUAGCGUUAGCUGUGAUCACAACUGUACUGGGAAAAUGUUUGUUAGCUCUUAUUUAAACUACCCUGAAAUAUAUUAGUCGACUUUCAUUUAUGCUUUAGUAAUUUAUUCAGAGCUCAUAACCAGUCGUUCGGACGUUGUAAAACACUCGUUAAAAGGCGAUAAAAGGAUGAUGGCUUUUCCACGCGUGCGUCUGUGUUCUCGCCACAUAAGCGUGAGCCCUAACCUUUGUGGUUAUGCCACCCUCCCUGGUGCAUCACGACCUCAGGAGAAGAACAGCACUAGUCCAGUUUUCCAGUUUGUCGGCGAGCACAGAAAGCCAACACGCAAAGUAUUUGUGUGGGGCUUCAGCUUCACCGGGGCCCUUGGGAUCCCCAGCUUUGUGGUGCCGGACAGCGGCAGGAAAAAUCCCAGGAAGUAUCAGCUGACUCCGUACCGCCUGGAGACAGCAGAGCAGAUCACUUCUGCUGCUUGUGGUUACGGCUUCACUCUCAUGGCAUCCUCAACCAAAGACACAUCCAAGCUGUGGGGCAUGGGCCUGAACAAGGACUCCCAGUUGGGCUUCCGGCGCACCCAGCAAGACCGCAAUCGGAGCUAUGAUUACGUUUUGGAGCCGUCCCCGGUGGCCCUGCCUCUUGUCGAGCCCGUGCAGACACGGGUCAUCCAGGUUGCCUGUGGCCGAGCUCAUUCCCUGGUCCUCACGGAUCAGGAGGGUGUCUUCAGCAUGGGCAACAACGCUUACGGCCAGUGUGGAAGGAGGAUAGUAGAUGAUGAAGUCUACAGUGGGAGCCACGUCAUCCACAGGAUGGAGGGAUUCAGCAGCCGGGUCAUCCAGGUGGCUUGUGGACAGGACCACAGCCUGUUUCUCACUGACACCGGGAAAGUGUUUGCAUGCGGCUGGGGUGCAGAUGGUCAAACGGGUUUGGGGCACCACAACGUCAGCUCCCAGCCGGGGGAAGUGGGGGGUGAUCUGGCCGGUGUGGAGGUGCAGCAGAUCAGCUCGUAUGGCGACUGCAGCCUGGCUGUUUCCAGAGACGGAGAGCUGUUUGGCUGGGGGAACUCUGAAUACAGGCAGCUGUCCUCCGUCACCGAGUCCACACAGAUUAACUCACCCCGUCAUCUUCCUCUGAACGGCUGUGGUAAGGUGGUCCAGGCAGCGUGUGGAGGCACGCAGGUCGCUGUCCUCAAUGAAAAGGGGGAGGUGUAUGUUUGGGGCUACGGCAUUCUGGGAAAAGGUCCAAACCUGUCAGAAAGUUCAACCCCAGAGAUGAUUCCUCCCACUCUGUUUGGACGCUCGGAGUUUAACCCCUCGGUGGCCGUCAGUAAGAUCAGGUGUGGCCUCAGUCAUUUCGCUGCAGUUACAGAUCUAGGAGAGCUCUUCGUCUGGGGGAAGAACCUGAGAGGCUGUCUGGGCAUCGGAAAGAAAGAUGACCAGUAUUUCCCGUGGCGAGUGACCGUACCGGGGCAGGUGCUGGACGUAGCGUGUGGUGUUGACCACAUGGUGGCGCUGGUGAAGUCCCUCCUGUGAGGUCGUGUUUACCCUCGGUGAUGGAGGAAAGACUAGGUGUUUGGGUGAGCUUUCCUGCUGACCACCUGGAGCUCGGGGAGCCAGUCCGAGUCCGGUCCGGAGUCUCGAGUCCAGCUGCUGCCCGCAGGCACGCGGACCCUCGUGUCCUUCGAGUGACGUCAAGCAGAGUGCAGGGCAGUCGUUUCUGCAGGAUUCACACGGCUCACUUUGUAAUCUGAGAGCAUGUUGCUGGACAAGCUGGUUUAUUCAAACUGAAACCAAGAAUUUGCAUCCUUUAGGACUCGUUUUCUCGCUGCAGUUUCAGAAAUUAUUUUUUCUCUGUUUUGUGACAUUUUUGGGGGGAAGGACCUUUCCCUUCAACUAGACUCAAAAUCUGCCCUUUUCCCAUCUUCACCUUUUUAAAGUCUAGUUUGGUCGUACAAAUGAUUUAUUUUAUAACAUAUAUUCCUCAUGAUGACUCAAACAGUAAAAAAAUAUGCAACUGACUAUAAAAUCUGUGAUCUUUCAAAUCUGACUUGGUUACGUUAACAAAAGUAAACAUUUUAACACUU